AUGAUGAAUUAUAGAAUUAAAUAGUUAAUACUCUCUAAGCAUAACCUGAAAGUGAAACGAAAAGAGAUCGUUGUAAAACAGUUAGAGAUAAAUCCAGAAGAGUUCAAUAAGAUUAAGCAUUCAAACAACAAAUCUUUAGCCAAAAUAUUCAGUUUGGUGUUCAAAUUAAAUUAAGAGGAGAAGAUUAUUGAUGAAUAAGAUUAAAGAAUUGCUAAAUUGAGAUCGAUAAUUUCUGAAUUUGCACUCAAUGAUGACUCAUUAAGAGAGUUAAGAGACAAAAAUCAUAAGUUGCUGGCUUAAUAAUUUAGAGUUGUGAUUAAGUUAGCAAAAUAAUAAUAAGAGAUUGAAGAACUCAAGAACAGAUUGAUUAAGUCUAAGUAAUUGGUUGUUGAAUAAUAAGAUAUAGUUGAGAAUUUUGUUGUAACAAACUUCAAAAUAAUGUGA